UAACACGUAGGUAAGUAAUUUUAAAUAAGACAUUUAUUUACUUCUAUACAUUACAAUUCGUAAUUGAUAUAUGAAUUAUGGAGUCAAUUCUAGCUAAAUUAAUACAAAUGUGAGUUUAUUUGUUACGCUUGCGAUAAUUUUAGUGUUUAAAUAUUAUAAUCAAAAGAAAAAUAAUAACCCUAAGAAAGUAUCUGUUUAUAACAUUAUAGUCGGUUCCACACUUCGAGUUUGUUGCUUUCGCUUCAGUGAUAUGUUAUAGAUUAUAAAUUAUUAUUAUUGACAAUAUCGCUGUUUUUUUGCACUAUUUGCGAAGCACCAUUUAUAUGAUGUUAUAAGUUAGUGUUUAGAUGUAGGUUACCUCAUACCUGCCUAAGUAGUGCACGAGUUUCGUUAAAAUUAUAAUAGUAAUGCGGUUCAAGGAUGGUACGUAGGCUAACCUUACCUUACCGGCAGGCACUAUACUCACGUCGUGUGUGAUAAACUUGAUAAGACAGUCGCAUGCGCGAAAUGCUCAACUUUUCAAUGGACCCAUACCCAUUUAGAUUUUAGCAUCGCGUACCGCAUUUUAGUUUCGUGUUCACGCGUGCGGCGUACGGUCGUCGUUGCGACAACGUACCGCCCUCUACCGUCAUUCGGACCGUAACUCGUACAUUUUCGAACAAAUGUGCACUUCGUAACAAGCGCAACAAAAUUUAUGAAACAAAAUGUGUAAAAUGCAGUGCUUCCUAGCGAUUUUCGCACUGUAUAUUGGCCUGGUUAACUCGUGGGAUAUCGCAAUAACAACAGGUGGCCAAUUAGAAUUCUAUAGCAAUAAAACAAAAACUAACAAUGUAGGAGUUAGGUUCAGAGAUCUUACAGCACUGGCGUACGACGCGGUCCAUAAUAUGCUACUAUUUGUAGAUAAACAGAAUGAUAACGCCUCUAUAUUCAGUUACCAUUUAGCCACAAAGAAAUACCAGUCAUUGGUUAGGAGAAAGUCCUAUGAAAACAUCCAAGGAUUGGCAUUUGACCCCGUCAAUGGUCUUCUUUUCUGGACAGAUACCAAUGAAAGGAGUAUUUACUAUAUGUCAUUAAUGCUAGGAUCCAAAAACGACGUUUAUGGCAAUCUCUUGAUAAAAAUGGAUGACGAGAUUCCUAGAGCUAUUGCUGUUGAUAGCUGUAGAGGUUACAUUUACUGGACCAAUAUAAACAUUACCAAACCAACCAUAGAGAGAGCUAAGUUUGACGGGACUGAAAGGGAAACAAUUAUUGAUAAAGACAUAUAUAUGCCGGUGAGCAUUGCUGUUGAUCAACGAACUAAGCAGCUAUAUUGGGCAGAUGACAGAGAAGGAAUACAUUACUCCAUUGAAAGUUCAGAUCUUGAUGGUAAUAAUCCGAAAACUUUAUAUAUGGGCACGUAUCAUCAACCUAACGCAUUGACCGUGUCCAAAGAUGCUGUAUAUUGGGUAGACUGGGGUUACAAGUCUGUAUGGAAGUUACCAAAGGAUUCACCAAAAACUUUAGAUCCUGUAGAACUUAUUGGUUUCUCUAAUGAAGUACCAUUCGGUAUAGUUGCUAAUUACCAAAUUAGCGAUCAAACAGAAGGCACUACUGAAUGCGAAGAAUUGAUUAAAUUGUCACAAAACAAAACAGUGAUUAACGAUACAUUCAACAUUCCAAGAGAUUUAGGCUUAUUCUGUCUCCACGGAGUUAAGAAUAAUGAGAAAUUGUCAUGUAACUGUUCCGCUGGGUACACUGGACAACGGUGCGAAAUUUCUGUUUGUCACAAUUACUGUUUCCAAGGUGAUUGCGAGGUUUCGUCUGAAGGAACACCAGCUUGCAGGUGCCCAAGUGGUUUUAAAGGAGAAAGGUGCGAGAUCAAUAUCUGUAAUGGAUACUGUCUCAACAAAGGCGUAUGUUCAGUAAACCAAGAUCAAGAACCGGACUGUAAAUGUUCCAAACAAUAUGAAGGAUUGAGAUGUGAAAUUAUGAUACCAAUAAAUAGUGUUAAAUUAGAUAGAUCAUUGCCUACUUCCACAGAAAAGUGCAAUUGCACUCAAGAGCAAAAUAUAUCAAAGACGGUGCCAAUCUCGUCUGAAAACUUAAGAAAUAGUGAACUGCCGUAUGUUGAAAUAACAGAUUGUAACUACGGAUGGGACUCCAUCAGAGAUCCAGUAAUUAUGGUAUUGGGUAUAGCGUGUGGUUUACUGUGUGUAACAUGUACUGUACUCUUUACCAAGGUAUUAAAGCUGAAAAAACGCCCCAGGAUUAAGAAGAGAAUAAUCGUAAACAAGAAUGUAACUCCGCUGACAGCACGCCCUGAUCAAUGCGAGAUCACGAUAGAAAACUGUUGCAACAUGAACAUAUGCGAAACUCCCUGUUUCGAACCACGAUCAACUAUUAGACCAACGCUACUAGACGCGAAGCCGGGAAAAGAAGAAAAGAAAAACCUCAUCAACAAUAUGGAAUAUCCAGAGGACUAUUGAGACUGCCUUACCAUCAUUCUGUGAACAAGCUCGGAUAACUAGAACUACUACAGGUACAAUUUGAACAGAGGACUGUUUAAAAAUAUAUUUCAAUUAAAAUAUUAAACAAAUCAAUCAAUUAAUUUAAUAAUAAUAUUAAUUAAUACUAAAUAAUUGAAUUAUAUAAUGUCUCUAUUGAGUUUGAUUAAUUUGUCGGUAUUGUUUGAUACAAAAUUAAUUUUACUUAAUAAUAAUUUAAUUAAUUAAUCGUUAACGUAGGUAACAAUUUAAACCUUAGUAUUUUAAUCUACCUAUGUAGACAUUUAUUUAUUUUAUUUUUGAUUAAUCUCAAGCGAAUAGUUACUUGGAAUUUUGAAAACGAAUGACAUCUAAAAGAAAAGUAGUUCUUUGUAUAAAUUGGACCAAAAUGUAGUCUAUGUAAUAUAGAAAGAAAUUGUGAUAUUUGACAUAGGGUUGCGAUUGCCAUGGAUGAUGGCAUCAUAGGGCUGUGCGUUGGCUGAUAAUAUCUGAUUGAAUGAUGUGUAUGAUAUAAUACUUGAUUACUAUCGAUUGAUUUAGCAUAUACAAUGGGGUUUAACAACAGUUUGUGUGAGUGUAACAAGCCGAAAUUUAGUGAUUGCACCUAUUUAUUCAUGACACUAAAUAACUUUCCCUAAACAUUCGAAAUAUGAAAAUGUUUUUAUGCCUGAAUAUUGUUUUAUUUAAUUUUAAUCUUAAAUACUAAGAAAUGUUGUUAUACGGUUUGUAUGCAGCUUUUUACCUAUAUAUCCUCAGGGAAAAUUAUUUAAUUUCACAUAUAUUAUAACCAAGUUUCGGCUUGUUUUACUUUUUAAAUUACACUCUGGAUAUUUGUAUAUGCACAUCUAUAUAAGGAAAAAAGCUUGAUUGAUUAAACCCAUUAUCGAUAUAGUACAGAUAUGUGCCUUUAACUGCUAUAAAGAUGUCUACAUUGUAAUAAUCAUUUCAUAUAUUAUUUAAAACAAUCGUAAAAAUCAUUAGAAUUCCAAAUCGAGUUAAUUUAGAUUUUACAGUUGCGUCUAUUUUUCGUUAUAUUAAUAAAAUUUAAACGGUGCCAAAAAAAUAACUGUCUUGAAAAGAAAGAAGUAGAGAAACAAGAAGGUUUUAAUACUUUUUUAAAUGUACAAAUAACGAAAAAUAGUGCUGCAAUAAUAGAGCAUUUAUAAUAAUAAUAGUAAGUAGUAGCGUUACUUAUUUUAAAUUAUUCUUAUGGUAGAUACUAGGUACCUACUUAUGAAAUUUAUUAUUUUAUUUUGUUUUUUUUCUUCUAAAUAUUGACGUUCUAGUUAUGAUUUAUUACUAUUAUAAUCUUGCAAGUGUACAAGUCUGUAUUUUUUAACAACUUUAACCCAAUUUAUUUAUGAAAACAAAUCAGACACUUAUUAACUUAAUUUUUGGUAUUGCUCAGUUUAGUUCCAUUUUUCGAGCGACAUUCUUAAUUUUAGGAGAUUUUGAUUUUUAUAAAUAAGACGGGUUAUCAAAAUUACAUCUUCACUGGGUUGAAAACCUUGGUCCUAAUUAUGUAGAUAUACCUAUUUUUACCUGUGGUCAGUGGACGAAAAUUAUAUGACUGAAAUUGUAUUGAUGGAUAAUUUAUCUAUUAUUAAUUUUUUUUACAAGUUGUCA